CUGCAAGAACAUGUCACAUUCUGUUUCAAUCGUAAUUUUGAAGAGUAGGCAUAGUUCAAAAACAUUGUUUUUCUUGCUCCACAGAUGUUUCUGAACAUAUAGGGAUUUUCAUAGAGAUAGAAGGAAGAGAGUAACUAUGGAUUGAUCAGUCAUUAUUUCUAGCUCGUAGUCUUAAGUACACUAGUCCUUUGGGAAGCAGCAUUUCAGUAGUUCCCAGUGUUAACUAGCCCCUCGUUUUUGUCAGUAUCGUCAACUUCUAAAGAAAGUGUGGGUGGUUACAGGGCACUUGUAUCAAAAUCCGUGAUUUGCAACCUGUUAGUCACCAUGAUUGAAAAUCUCACUGGGCUAUGUACUGUAGUAAGGGAAACCACUUCUAACCCUCAGACUUCAGAAGAAGAGAAAACUGAAACAUCAGCAAGUCAGGAGAUAGUCAGUCCUGAACCAUAUAUUAAGCAUCCGUUACAAAACAGGUGGGCGCUUUGGUUCUUUAAAAAUGACAAAAGUAAAACCUGGCAAGCAAAUCUUCGUCUGAUUUCAAAGUUUGAUACUGUUGAAGAUUUUUGGGCGUUGUAUAACCAUAUCCAGCUUUCUAGUAACUUAAUGCCUGGUUGUGACUAUUCACUUUUUAAGGAUGGUAUUGAACCCAUGUGGGAAGAUGAGAAAAAUAAACGAGGAGGACGAUGGCUAAUUACAUUAAACAAGCAGCAGAGACGAAGUGACCUUGAUCGCUUCUGGCUAGAGACACUGCUGUGCCUUAUUGGAGAGUCCUUUGAUGACUACAGUGAUGAUGUAUGUGGAGCUGUUGUUAAUGUUAGAGCUAAGGGUGAUAAAAUAGCAAUAUGGACUACUGAAUGUGAAAACAGGGAUGCUGUUACACAUAUAGGGAGAGUAUACAAGGAAAGGUUAGGACUUCCUCCAAAGAUAGUGAUUGGUUAUCAGUCCCAUGCUGACACAGCUACUAAGAGCGGUUCCACCACUAAAAAUAGGUUUGUUGUUUAAGAAGACACCUUCAGAGUAUUUCAUAGGAGACUGCGUCAAGCAAUCGAGAUUUGGGAGCUGAACCAAAGCCUCUAUAGAAGCAGAGUGGACUGCAUUUAAUUCUGAUUUCCAUCUAAAUGUUGCUAAAUUUGUGAGUCUUAUUUGCUUUUGUCUUGUACGUCUGUUUUUUCUCUCUCCAUUUUUUGGCUGAAGUAACUUUUAUUGAAUCAAAGAAUUUCAGUACAUUUGCCCCCUGAAUCUAUAAAGGUCCCCCAGCCCACUCUGUGAUGCUUCUUAGGAGAGUAAUUAUUAUAUGGAAAAAAUACCUGAAAACAGUGCCAUUUCUACAGGGGAAUAAACUACUACUUUUUUUCAUCUUUGCAUUGUAUGCAACAACAUGUUUUGCUGGUUUGGAAGAAAAGUAUGAUGCAUACAUUUUUCUAGCAAAUCUUUAUACAGCAUUGUCAUUGCUGUAACUGAUGCUGAUGGCUGCUAGAUUUAAUUUAUUUGUUUCCCUUUCUGAUAACAUUAGUGAUGUUCUGAUUUCAGUUCUUGCUCAUGUAACAUUGGUGAAGGAUCUGGGAAUAUGACAAAAAGGUUUAAUAAACAUUAAUUUUGUGCAUUCUUUGGUAAUUAUUUUGUAACAUCACAGCUUUGCUACAAGUUUCAUGCAUUUCAAGUCAAAUCAGUGAUAUGUUUGUGUGAUUUCCUGAACAUAAUUGUGGAUUUUAAAAAAUGUAACACCAUAAGUACAUUCCUUACUAGAAAUAGUAUUCCUGUUUUUUGUAUCUUAUGCUGUAUUUUAACACUUUGUAUUCCUUAGGUUAUAUUUUGCUUUGGUUUAAGAGCGGCUCAAAUAGAAAAGCAGUCCCAUUCAUAUUAAGACAGUGUACAAAACUGUAAAUAAAAUGUGUACAGUGAAUUGUCUUUUAGACAAGUAGAUUUGUCCCUUUAUUUCAUACACUGAUGUGUUUUGUACUAUUCCUGACAAGACAGUUUCUAUUGUGGCUUCUGUUGUAGUGUAUCUUCCAGAAGAAGUUGAGUCUUAAGCUACAGGUAAAUUCAGGCUGUGCUAAUUUUAAUAAAUUUUAGCUAGCAUUAUCCUCAAAUGUAAUGUGAUUACUGUGAGUAUAUCUUAAAUUAAUAUGUUCACUUAAAUGUUCAGUGUGUUAUUAUUGCCUGGUCAGAAUAUUCAGAAAUUGAACAGAGUAGUUCAAAACUGGCUAUCACUGCAUUACCAGGGAACAGCAAAUCUAGAACUACUGAAACUUAUAUGUUAAGAAAUGUUAAGAAAAUGAGCCAUUCAUGCAUUUAGCUUGUAGACACAAAGGCUUUCUGCCCCUAGAAGUGGUUGCUCAGAUUGUAACAGGUUGAUUUACAUAGCCAUUUAAGAAAAUCCCCUUGAGUGUUAGCAUGUUCUAAUAGGGGUAGUAGAACUGAAUGAAUUCCAGGAAUUUUUUCAGCUGACCUAAAUCUGAAAGUUUGGUUUUGAAAGUCACCACGAAGACAGUAUUGCUGCCUCAUUGUCAAUUCACUUACAUAGAGGACCCUGCCUCCUUUUACAUCAGCAUAAAUUAUCUUGGUAAAAGGUUUUGCCGAGGUUGUUGACUUUACCUUUUGGUUCCUGCAGGAUAUAUAGCAUGGACCCAAAUAGCUUUUUGUAUAAACACUGAAACUGUAUUCUUGCAGUUAAUUCUUCCCCCUAACAAUAAAUGGAAUAGCUCUUUUAUUAAA